CGCGGUGCGGGCCGUGGCGGGAGCGGCCCUUGGCGGGGCCGCGCUGGGCCUCAGGGCCGCCUCUGCGCCGGGCAGGUUGUGCCGCUGGGGCUGGAAGCGCCUCAUUUCUAACCCUGGGAUCGGCGAAGCUUCGUUGUGCGGCUCGGCUGCGGCACUGCCUGUGGGCCGGGCCCCCGCACCUACAUCCCGCCUUGCUUUGGCGUUACUGAGUGGCAGUGAACGAAGUGAAACAAUAUGUUAAUACCACAGCUGACUUCCCGGCUGCUGAAGGCUUCACGAAUUGCAGGCCACCUCCUGCCACGGUCCGUGUCGUCCUUGCUCUGCUCCCGCUCCACGCCUGCACCCUACAGCACACAGCCCUCCAACAGGAGUGGAGCCCAGCCUCAGCAGUGGUAUGCUCUGGACCCUGACCUGGAGGAGAUGCUGAUCCCUAGAAAACUUUCCAUCAGCCCCUUGGAGAGCUGGCUGACUGUUAGAUAUUCCCUUCCUAAAGCGGGAGGUGAUGCUCAGGAAGAGGGCGGCUCUGAAGCUCAGCAGCGCUACGACUGCCCCCCUCCUGCCGAGGGAGGCGAUGUGGAGGAAGGGGAGGGAACACCCAGCGGCAAGCUGCAGUGCAAGAACGUUUUGCAGAUUCGCAGGAGGAAAAUGAACCGGCACAAGUUCAAGAAGCUGCUGAAGAGGAGGAAGUUUGUACGGAGGAGGAUCAAGGAAGGGCGCAAGAAGAAGCGCCAGAUAAAAUUUGAGAAAGAUUUGGAGCGCAUCUGGAAAAGAGCUGGUUUGAAAAGUCCUCCUGCAGGAUGGCAAACACCCAAGAUAUUUCUGAAAAGUUCAAAGCGAUAAAAAAACACUUGUCAUGAGUUCUAACUUGUAACUGUAAUUAAAAAAAAAUAAUCUUUAAGUAUGCAGAUUACUUUCAGACUUUUUCUGGGUGCAGUGAAAUUAGGAGGAGGAAACUUUCCAUCUUGGUGAGCAGUUUUCCAAGGGCAAACCUGACAGCUUUUCCUCCUGGAAAGAAAGGAGUGAGCCCUGCAGUCUGCAGGCCUGUGCUGCUGCUGCUUCAGCUGUGUCUGAGCCAAGGUGUCCUGGAAUGCAGCUGGAUUCCUGAAGGUGCUAUUCCAGGUUAGACUGAACAAUGUCCUGUAAGAACAGCUGGUUUGGGGAGAUGGGAUAAGGGAAAGAAUUCUUCUGAUUGUAAGAAUAACUGUGGAAGACACAAGCAUUUUGAAAAAUUCUUUUCAAAAUUGUGUUCUUUCAUAGCUUUACCCUAGAAGGGCUGGUGUUGACAGAGUUUGGGUGAAAUAGGAAUUGGAUCAGAAUUCCAUAGAAUAGAUCUGAAGAAGCUUUCAUUUUGACUUACCUCUGUGUGCAUGUGCCUUAGACAGGCAUUGCCUGAGCAUCCUUAAAAGGCAUAUUGAUUGUUUCUGUUCUGUUUUGUGCUAAUAAAAAGUUGUGUUUUUUUUUUUU